GCAAGAAAACCUCCGGACGGCCGACGCUUCUCUCCGGAUCCACCGCAGGGCGUGCUCGAGGUGCAGAGCUCUCUCUCAGCCAUGAGCAUCAUCGGGGCGGAGGAUGAGGACUUUGAGAACGACCUCAACGAGGUAACGGAGUACCAGUGCAAACACUUUGAGGAUAUACACCUGUUAAAGACCCGGCCAACCCACCUGCUGGUCUUCAUUCAACAUGUCAUCCUACAGUUUGACCCGGCUCCGCUGCUGUGCUACCUGCAUGCGGAGCUCUUCAGGAACCUCAGUGCCAAAGAGACCAAGAAGCAAGUGGUGGAGUUCUACAGCACUUUCCUGGACAAAGGGGCAGUAAUCUCCUCUUGUCCCCCCCCCGUCCCCCGUCCCUCAGACCGACUGCGUGCAGAUCCGUUCCACGAUGACAACCAGAGGCGUUUUGCUCAGGAGGUUCAGGCCGUGCUGGCGCCUGAGGUGGCCAAACAGCUGGAGGACUUCAGGCAGAAGAGGAUGAUGGGUAUGACCCCCAACGAGAGGGAGCUCAUCGACGUGGAAAACCACUACCCCACCGACCGCGUCCCCUUGGAGAUGAAGGAGAAGUCUGUGGCCGAGAACCUGAUGGACCUGAUAUUUGAGAACCACUCUACAAUUGCGUCUGAAGAGGACAAAUGCCAUUCCAUCUAUACAUCGGUGGCCACUUACAUGAAGCACCUUGGGGUUAAAUCCAAGACACUUGACAGCAGGAAGUCCAAAGCGAGCUUCUUCACGAGAAAGCAGCAGAAGACUAAGAAGGAGGAAUCCACAAAGCUCAAGUCCAGGUUGGGCUUCGGGGUCCCCAGCUGGAUCGCAGGAAACCCUGACGUCAAACCUAAAACGGAGGCUGAAGCGGAGAAGGAGAAGGUGAACCCGGAGCGUAAGGGCUCGGCCCUCGGCCGCGGCUCCCUGACCGACCCGGCAGCCCCGUUCCCCAACUGCAGGAAGUCCGUCUCCACGCCGGGGCUCGAGAUCAGCGACGGCUCGGGCAGCAGCAGCAGCAGCAGCAGCGCCGCCGCCGCCGCCAUCGGCGCCGCCGCCAUCGGCCCGGAGUCGUCACACGUGGACGUCGUCUCCAACAACCGCCUGGAGCCCCCGGCCCUGUGCGACGGGGGGGACGUGUCCCCCGUCAGUUUGGGAGGAGGGCUUACUAUCGGGGAGCCCCUCUCCCCCAUGGACACCCCCACGGAGGAGAAUGUGGAGAAAGAUAGACGGAAGACAAGCAGGAAAGUGAUGCGUAGCGAGAGCGCCCGCGCCCAGCCCUCCCGCCGCCGCGGCUCUUCUCGAGCCAAACAGUCUCGCUCCCGUAGCGACGUGGACCUGCAGCCGCCUCCCGCCACGGCAACAACGGGCGCACCGCUCAGCCCCCAGCACCUCCGUCCCCUAGAGACAGUAGUUCUACCGCCCGAGGGGCUUGGCCCCUCCCCGACCAGCACCUCCGCCCAGCUGGAGGAGAUGGAGCCUCGCCUGCUGGAGUUUGAGGCGGACUCGCCCAACUGGAGGGAGCUGGCCCCCCCCGACGAACUGUCCAGGCUCAGCAAGAAGGAGACCAAGAGGCAGGAGGUCAUCAACGAGCUGUUCGCCACGGAGCACGCCCACGUGCGCAUGCUGAGUGUCCUGCAGAUGAUCUUCUUCAGGCCUUUGGAGAGGGAGGAGCUGCUGACCAGCCAGGAGGUGUCGGCCAUCUUCCCGAACCUCGACGAGCUCAUUGAGAUGCAUUACAACUUCUACGAGAACCUGAAGAAACUGCGUUUGGAGAACAACUUCAUUGUCAAAUCUAUCAGCACCACGGUGCUCAACAGAUUUGGGGGUACAGAAGGCGAGUGGUUCCAGAAAUUGACGGCUCGGUUCUGCAGUCACCAGUCCUGGGCCUUGGACCAGAUCAAGAGCCGGCAGAAGAAAGAUCCACGCUUCAACUCCUUCAUACUGGAUGCAGAGAGUAAGCCGCAAUGCCGCAGGCUGCAGCUCAAGGACAUCAUUCCCACCGAGAUGCAGAGGCUGACCAAAUACCCGCUGCUGCUGGAGAACAUCGCCAAGAGCACAGAGGACCCGACGGAGAAGGAGAGGAUCCAGCAGAGCGCCGAGUGCUGCAAGAGGAUCCUCAACCAUGUCAACGAAGAGGUCAAGGAGAUGGAGAACCUACUGAUUCUGAAGGAAUACCAGCGCAAACUGGACACAUCCGGCCUCAAACCGAGCACUACCCUCUAUGCAGAUUAUAAGAACAUCGACCUGACUUGGAGGAAGAUGCUCUUUGAAGGCCCUGUGAUCUGGAGAGUCACCAAGGAGAAAGCAAUCGAGGUGCAGUGCGUGCUGCUCAGGGACCUGCUGGUGCUCCUCCAGAAGCAGGACGACAAGAUGGUGCUGAAGUGCCACAGCAAGAGCAACAUGGCCGUGCAGGAGGGCAAGCAGAUGCUGAGCCCCAUCAUCAAGCUCGACUCCGUCUUCCUCCGCGACGUGGCCACAGAUCAGAAGGCCUUCUAUGUCAUCUUUACCUGGGACAGCGGGGCGCAGAUCUACGAGUUGGUGGCUCAAACUCUCGGGGAAAAGAAACUCUGGACCGAGGUGAUAAAGUCAGCGGUGGACGAUCUGAAGAAGGGAGGAGGCCUCAGGUUGACGCUGCCUCCUGGAAGUGGAGGAGUUCUCAGCCCCACCAUGCUGACGGCCCCUUUGAGCCCGAGUGAGAACGGCGGUUUGAAGAGCAGCGGCGAUCCAGACAAGGACCUCAUGACCGACGACAAGUCUUCAGACCCCCGCCACAUGCUGAUUGAUUUCCUGUCGGACAAAGGCUUCGACCUGAUUGGCCACUCCAACAGCGACCGGGACAACGUGGCCAGCAGCGCUCUGGACGAAGUCAUGUCCCUGAAGAGGCUGGUGGUCGGCAGCAUCAGCCUAUCAGACGACUCGCAGCAGGCGCAGAAGCCCGGUCAGGAAAUGGAUCCCUGUCAAUCGACAGAAGAAAACCAGACCAUGGCCACGGCAGCAGUGAAGGAGGAAGAGGAGGAUGAGGAGGAGAAGAAGGAGAAGGAGAAGGACAACUCCUGUGAAGUAGAAGGUGCGGAGACGAAGGCGGAGGAGGAGAGGAGCAUCAGCGCGCCCCUCGUGCUGUCCCAGGAGAGGAUGCAGGAGGUGUGCAGGAGGCUCCUCAGUCUGGAGGAAAAAGUAAAGAGCUUACAGACUGUGGAAGAGGAGCACCACAGGCUGCAGGAGGCCCUCUCCAAGUUCUCCCUGGAGGGGGGCAACUUCCAGUGAGGCACCGCCGCGCCACCUGCUGGCCACCAGAUUUUUACCGCUGCUGGUUGGGAGUAACUUUCAGGAGCUUCCCUGGAAAGGCCUCAUGGAGUCCUGCCCAGACCCUGCUCAGCGCAGGGGUCCAGUGAUGUGCAUGUGAAUGUGUGUCUGUUGGUGUGCAUGCUUGGUAGACAGAGAAAAGAAAAGAAAAAAACUUUUGAGUGUUUUUACAGAGAAGUGCCAAAAAAAAACCUGGAGCAAUAUUUUGCUGUGAGAAAGAUGCAGCUUGACAAAAUGUAGUAAUCUGCUGUAACACACAUACACACAUAUUAGCAGUCAGUGCCUUAAGGGAGAAAUCCUAUGCCAGGUAUCGGUGGCUAUAAGCUAUAAACAGUUGGUAGCGCUUAAAUUACUACUGGUGAUAUAGAGAGUUAUUUCUAAUCUAUGCCAAAGUACCACAGAAAUGCACUUUUUUCUGAUGAAACUAAGUCAAAAUCACACUGUUUUUGAUAAAUGUAUUGACUCUAUUCAGUGUGGCUGAAUGGAUGCAGCAGGAGGAGAAGUGUGUGUACGUGUGUUACAGUUUUAAAUCAAUGUGUGCUUCUUUGUCGCUGUUGUUGUGUCACCCAGACAUUUCUAAAUAGUGCCACUAUCGCCCUGCUGUUAAUAGUGGUGAUAAUUGGUAUCUUCCGCUUUUAUUUAUUCCUCUGUUCUGAUGAGUCGGUGAGCUGAGAGAAAGGGUUACAGGCCCUGGACCCAAAGAAUAAGUGAAUAUAGAACUGUCUGUUAAAGAAAACGACCAAACAAAAGAGAGCAAACCUGGAAUGUGUGAUGAAGAUCAAGGUGGAGCGCGAAGGUCGGAGGAGUGUGGAGGGUGUGCAGGCGCCUCGGCUUAUAGGAGCCACACACAGUACCACGCAGCAUCUUCUGCAAAUCCACAGACCUAAGAUGCUACUGUGUACCGUUAGUUUCACACGUAGCAACCGUUGCAUCAAAACUGAGCACCGUCUUUGUGUUCCAUUCAACAGCCGAUUGUAAUGAUGAUGAUUUAAUGCCUUUAGUAGUGGCACAACUGGCCAAUCACGCUGCACCAAAGACCAGCUCCGCUAGUGGAGUGCUAAUGCUAAUGCUUACGCAGCGACCGCAACGAGGCCGACAAGAACAUCGCAGCACUCUCUUGGACAAAUGUAGAUGCGCAGAUGAAGAAGGUUUGACCGCCGUGGCCUUGAUGCCAGACCUGUGACCCCCCCUGCCUUCACGUAGGGGUGAUGAAAGCGCCGUGUGACCUGUGACCUGCGUGGAGGGCGCUGGGCGAGUGCCAGCUGCAAAGGAAACAGGAAACCAGACGAGGACACAAAGGAAACGUCGAAGGAAGACCACGAUCACUUCCUGAUGCCCAUUCCCUCCCCCGCUGUGUCCGUGGUGCCAUUAUCCCCCCCCCGUGUCGUCUUCUUGUAAAAUGUAGAUAGAUGUUAGCUUGAACAAAACCUUUUUUUUAGAGUACGUACAAGUUGGUGCCCCUUUUUUAAUCUUAUUGAAUCACACGUUCACCUUUGCCUGCUGCACAGUUUUUACUAGACGUCGUAUUUCAGUUGAUUUACGGGGAGGGUGGUGUUUUUUUUCUGUGUCUUUUGUUCUUUAUCAAGCUUCUUAAUUAUGUACUUUGCAUUUGGCCGCAACCCGGUGCGAGAAGCGGGGCUCGCCUGUAACUCGUUGAUGCAUGAACGGAUGUCACAAUUAUGCAAACAGUGUGACCGUGUUGCUGCUGCUGUUGUUGGUGGUUUUUUUUUUGCCUUUUUGUGCGCUCGCUGAAGCUCAAACCGCGUCGAUGGGACACGUUAGAAUUGAUCAGCAGAUGAAAACCCACUAAGACCAGCUGACAGGACUCUGGUCCUGAUGCGGUUCCUCGUGUGCUCUACAUACAGAUAGCUAGAUGUAUAGAACAUGUAUUUAUAGUGGUGCCUUGUUCCAAUGAUCAACUGGGUUUUGUUUGGGCUGUUAUUCACGGGAGGACUGUAAAAUGAAUUCAUGUGGCCGGGAUGGAAGACUUUGACCUUUGCCCUCAUGUCUAUAAACAAUGAAUAUGCAAGAACUAUACUGUGUAUUUGGGUUUUGAUU